AUUUUGUAAUGACGUAUUGCAAGAACGGGGAACUUCUGAAUCUUAUACAGAGAGUUGGUAAUUUUGACAGAGAAUGUGCCAGGUUCUACACAGCAGAACUUGUGAGAGCACUAGAGCACCUACACUCGUUAAACAUUAUUCACCGGGACCUUAAACCCGAGAACAUUCUUCUAGAUGAAUGCAUGCACAUCAAAAUUACAGACUUCGGCUGUGCAAAAAUACUAACUGAAGGGGAAGCAGAGAGCGUUGACGGUGGAAUAGGACGUAAGGGUAGUUUCGUAGGGACAGCGCAGUAUGUUUCACCAGAAAUGUUAGAAUCGAAAACGUGUGGGCGGGCAUCAGAUUUGUGGGCCCUUGGCUGUAUCGUCUACCAAAUGGUCUCUGGUCUUCCACCCUUUAGAUCAAAGAGUGAAUACUACAUCUUCCAGAAGAUACUCAAACUGCAUUAUGAAUUCCCUGAUGGAUUCUGUGAAGAAGCUAAGGACUUGGUUCAAAAACUUUUGGUGGUUGAAGCAGAUCAGAGAUUGGGGGCUCAAGACAGAGAGGGUUAUCCUAGCAUAAGAAACCACCCUCUUUUUGCUGGCCUAGAUUUUGACUCUUUACACGAGAUGACACCUCCGAAAAUUGAACCCUUUAUGCCACAUGUUGGCAAUGAGGUCGAAUGGGAAUUUAAAAAUCAGCCUGGAUUGGGACCAAUUGAGAUGAAAUUAAUACUUGGGCUCGAUGAUUUCAAAGAUGAGGAAGGGAAAACUAAGAAUUGCAAGACUGGUGACAAUGAAGCCUCCAAGAAAACAGUGAAAAGGAACAUUGCUGAUGUUAGUCAAGAGGAAUAUAUACUAAGACUUGCUGCUCAAGAACGUGGGAACAAGUGGCACAAAUUUGUGGAAGGCAACCUUAUUCUCAAGCAAGGUCUCAUGGAUAAGCGAAAGGGUCUGUUUCCAAGGAGACGGAUGUUUCUUCUGACAACUGGGCCACACCUUUAUUAUGCUGACCCUGUGAACAUGGUACUGAAGGGUCAGAUUCCUUGGUGUCCCUCCAUCUGGCCUGAAGCUAAGAACUUUAAGACAUUUUUCGUCCAUACACCUAACCGAACAUAUUAUCUGGAGGAACCAGAGGGUUAUGCUCUAAAAUGGUGUGAAGCCAUAAAAGAGGUCAAGAAAUUUUAUUACCCAGAGAGAACAACGUGAUUCUUAGUCCUGACUUAAGAAACUGCAUUCAGGACCAGCAGCCACACAUUGGGAAUAUGUUAUAUAAUCAAGUACUCAAGUGAUCUAGGAAUUAGUCAAGGGUCUCGUAGAAUGUACUGGUGGAUGGAGAAGGUAUUACAGUAUAUAUAUAUAUGAUAGCGUAUUUAAGUUUACAUAGUCAGAGCAGGACUCCAGACAGCCGCAACACUCACUCCCAGCUGAUCCUUUGCCUAAGCCAGUGGUUCUCAUGGUAGGAUUUCUAGUAAUCACUUAGACUUUUAGCUAACAUAAUUUUUUUCAAUUCCCAUCACAGCUGAAUAAUGCAGGAAACUCCAGAUAAUUUUUAGCAUUUGUUCAUCUCAAGGAUGUUAUAAUAAUGUACAGUUCGUGCAAUUAUUUUACAAUUGUUUUUAGUAUUGUACAUGGUUCUAGAGAUAGUAUAUUAUAUGUGGAUAAACUAUAUAGUCUUGUGCAGUGACUGUACAAUGUUCUAAACAUAGUGUAUUAUAUAUGGAGAAACUGUAUAGUCUUGUGCAGUGUUGAAUGCAGUCAUUUUAAAUAUUUUUAUCUCUAAAUUGCAUAUGCUGAUAAAUUUUUUUUUUUGUUAAUUUUAGGCAGUGCUUGUGCAUAAUGCUGAAAAUAAGUCCCUUCAUUGUUCAUUUUAUGUAAUUUUAUUGCAGACGUCUGUUUGCCAUUCAUUAAUUCAUGGUAAUCUGAUUGUCUGAAUAAAUACGAUGUCAGUGUAUAAAGUAAAUGGAACUAGUUACUGUGCUUAUUUAAUCAGCUUCCUUCCUUGCUUUUGGCAUACAUAAAUUCCACAUCAGUUAAAUGCACUGGCCUGGAGUUUUACAACUCACUUGCCAUGGGCUCUAACCCCAAUUGUACCAUGGUUUGACAUCAAGUUUAUAAAGUUUUAUUUGUAGUGAGUUCCUUCAGUUUAUGCUUACGGAGUCUUUUGGAAUACUUCGUAUGCCUCAUCUUUCUGGUUUACUGCCUCUUUACUUUUUUCUCCCACCUUGGGAAGACUCCAUGGUAAAAAGUCUGCACAUUUCCCAUUCAUGCUUUCUCCUCCUUGAUCAUUUCCAGUUUGGUUAAUGCUACUACUCUGUAUUCCCUUGAUUAGAAAACUUCCAAAAGGGUGGAAUCCUUUUUUAUUUUUUCUGAUUGUCUGAUCCAAGGGUGACUACAACUGUUGUCAUCCAUGUUGCUACAAUGUUUGUCUUGGCUUCUGUUGUAAUUUCAGACUCACAAAAUGGAUAGCAAACAAUUCAUCCUUGCAUUCAUUCCUGAUUAUGUGACAGCAAACACAAAAUGGUUGUCUUCUGCUAUGUUCCUGGCCAGGUUGAAGUUUAGGGCAAUGAAUUUAUGGUUGCCAUAUUCUGAUAAUUUUCUGGUAGAAGCACAGUGCUUGACAGUGUCAUUGAUGUGUAUUACCGGUUAAUAAGAUGUUUUCCACGAAAGCAAAAUUGAGUUUCUGGUCUUUCUUUCUGUAGAGAAGAGAUGCGAGUGGUAGACACGUAUGUGCUCUGUGAUUUCAGAGCAUUGGACAUUGAAGUCAUACAGCUAUGAAAAGUGACAGUAAUAUUGUGAAUAGUUGCACCAUCAUUUGUGAAAUAAUCUGCAAGGAUUUUGUGUACACCUGCAGUGGAAAAAUUAUAAAGCAUAUUGAUACUUCCAAUUUAACUUUCAGCUCUCAAACUCAUUGUCAUUACUCUCAAAGGUGUUGCUGUACAAGGCAUUGUGUCUGUGUUGAAAAUUAGAAUUGAUAAUACAAGAUGAAAUAAAGCCACUGUAAAAUUGGCAUUAUCAGUAUAAAAAUCAAACUAAACCAAAUUGGCGAAGUGUAGAAAACAAAAUUUUAACAUAAAUUACAAGGGAAUGCUCGCUGCAACCACCCAUAUCUAAGGCUUAAAAAAAAAAUAGUCGGGGCAGAAGGCAUCGCACUCAAGAGGUCACAAACUUCUUGCAAGUCAAA